AAUUCUCACCCUAAUAACUUAAUCUUCGUUUGAUCAUUUUUGAAUUUAAAAAGAUGCUAAAAAAUUCCUCGAAUCACGAUUAUCGACGCCGCAAGAUACUCUCGUCUUUCGAAUCGCACAGUACAUAAACUUGAACUUCCGUCGCGUGGAACGACGAUUAUUUGAAUCGAUUGUAUGUCGAUCGCCUCGAUGUGCGACGAUCGUCCUUCAACUUUUUGGUCUCUGAAUGGCGCGCAGCAUGGCACCGCUUUACGAUGGUCACGAUUAUUACAAGAGAAUGUUUGAGCUUCAGGAGAAGCUGCGGAAGAGUGAGGAGGAGAGAAUACGACUGGAAGAGCGAUUCACCAUGCUCAUGCGAGAGUCCCGUAACAGACAUGAUGUCUGUAUAAAUCGAUUACGCAUGAGAUAUAUACAGUAUCUGGAGGAACAACGCACGAGGGAUGAAAGAAAUCACAAGCUUCUAGCCGCAUUAGACAGAGUUAUGAACAAGCUUGCGCUGAUAAGCGCGAAAAAAGACAGACUCAAUAUUCUCAGAAAACAGUACGAGGCUCAUUUACUUCACGCUUAUGUGAAUUACCGGCCACCCGGUAGUGUCACCGAGGAUAGUGGCAUCGCCAGUCAGAAUGAGGAUAGAUACACGAAGAAAACUGUCGCGUUGGCACAUCCCGAUUUAGCAUCUGCGGAAACAAGAAGCAUUUCAUCACCGCGAUUGCAUCCGGGGGCGCCUGGUCCACAGUCGAGUCAGCCAAGGUCUACCUCCACUUCCAAGUUGCACGAUCAGACUGUCGUAGAUGCCUCGUUAAAUAAUCCUCCACCAAUUUUGAUAACUACGCCAUUAGGUGCAACCCGCGAUGUCGACCAUCGUCAGACGAAUGUUCUACAUGGACCACACAUUUAUGCCUCCGUGCCGAACGCUCAUCAAUAUCCACGAAUGAUACCUUCCAAUUAUGACGGAAGUGCGCCUAAUCUUCAGCAUGUUUCGGACAUUCGCGUUUCGUAUGCGGAAGCGCCGAUAUUGCCAAUUGCGCCUUCGGAUAAUCUCACUAAUCGAUUCUUCAUGGAAUCGACGCAAGUCUCACCCGGUCUUUCGGCGACCGCGCGGUUUCCCGCUGGAGAUAUCUCACAAUAUGAAAAGAACGUGCCUGUUCAACACCAAUUUGACCCUUUGACCUCACGUCAUUAUCACGACACCAACAUGUUGACGUCUGAUCCACGAUCGCAGAUAAGAGAAUACAAUCCAUCCGAUACCGCAACCAUGGAACCGACUUUAAUGACCGGGAAAUCGAGUACAUACCGAACAGGAUCUGACAUGAACAUUGCUAAUCAGGUCAGUCCUUUACCGGGAUACAUGGACUACAUCCUGGCGAAUUCGCAGAAAUCCGAUGAUGAAGGAUCCACUCGUUCCAUCACCAGCGACGACCUGGACAAUUUGAUGAGGCGCAACGAACAUUUGCUGUGGGGCAACGCGGAUAUUGCCAAGACUCUGUCGCCGACCGCUUUGGGAACAGAUAACUUUAAUCUGGAUGAUAAUGGCAGGACGGCGAUUCUAGAGAAAGAACUGGAUCGAUAUAUCAGUAACAUCCGGAGGAUCCAUCGGGAACACGGCGUGCAGAGCGUGGACGAACUGGACCAUGAGCAGAACACUAGCGGCGAUUUGUUAAAUGUCUCCCUGACCGAAGAUGGUCUGGAACUUCCAGCCGAGGAUCGGGUGAAGAAGGAGAGGGUACCCGAGGAAAUGGGCAAGAUUCUAGCAUUAGCUAGCGAUCUUGCGUCCAGGACGGCGACUCUGAAGGAUAUUGCACGAAAUUCAGUCGGGCAAAACGGUAGUGGAAGACUCAUGGAAGUCGAGGGUGGAAUUAGUCAUCGCGAGAAUGCAAAAAGCGAUGCGACGGAAUGUAAAGAGGAAUGCGAGGCUGAAGGACGUACAAGAAAUGAAAUUCAAGAAGACGUUGCGACACACUCAGCGAAAUUAGAUCGACCGCGCGAAGACGCGCAGAUUGCGAAAGAGAACUGGAAUAACGCGGCCAAUUCAGCCGAGUCACGGGAAUGCGAUCGGGAAAUAUCUACUGCGAAAAAAGACAGCGUGAAUGAGGAAAUAGUCGCGAGUGACGGAUCACAGAUCGAUUCGAAAAGUGCGCCGGAUGAGAAACAACUUGAUCUUGUAACCGGUAAAGAAUCGGAUAUCGAUGGUGUGUUUGAUACUGCCGAGGAAUUGGCGCCAUGGGAUCUUGCAAGUGUGCAGAAAAAAGUUCGCGAGUUACAUUUGGACGAUGCUGAUGGAAACCGAGUGGCGGGAAAAAAUGCCGAAGCUACGAUGGACGUCAAAGAAGACGUCAUUAACGAAUCGUCACGAUUCAUCGAUCAAAACGUGAAUGACAAAAUGGACGCGCGUCCUCCGCAGGAUACACUUCCUUGCUCGGAAAUAGAAAUGAAAACAUUGGACACAAGCGAGGUAAAUGAGAUCGAGGAACAAACUGAAACACGUGGACCUAUCGAGGACGUUCAAGACGUACCUUCUAAAAAUUUGGGUCAACAUUCAGUUGAUGAAUCUAAGACCGCGUCGCAGCCAGGUGAGGAACUUGGUGAACAAGACGAAAGUGACAAAAGAAAGCUGGACAACGACGAGACGACGGAACUUCGAGUUGAUGAUCAAAUCGAAAAUAUUGUGAAAGAUGGUGAGUACACUGCCGAGCAAGGAUACGCUGAAGAUCCGAACCAAACGCAGCAGUACGAGCAACAAGAUCCAAAUCAGCAAUAUUACGACCCAAACAUGCCAUACGACGCUGGUAACGAGGAGUAUUCAAGAUACGCUGAUCAAGGAUACGCUCAAGAUGGUCAAGAGUACGUCGAGUAUGUGGCUGACCAGUAUGAGCAGUACCCUGAAGAUCUUAAUAAUCAACAGUACCAGCACUAUCCUGACGCACAGUACGAGCAGGAUCCGAAUCAAGCGUACGAUUACGGCUAUGACCCCAAUCAAGGAUAUGGUGAUCCUGCUCAGCAAUACAAUCCUAAUCAAGAAUAUGAGAAUAAUCCUGACACUCAGGCGUACGAUUAUACUGAGCAAGUCCCCUAUGAUCCUAAUCAGACAUAUGAUAACGCGUACGAACAGGAGUAUAAGGAGGACCAGCGGAAUCCUGGUGACGACGCCGAGGGUCAUGUAGAGAAAUCAGCAGAAGAGACCUCACAAAUACAAGUGGAUCCAGAAUUGGAACAUAAAUCGGACAAAGAUGGGGAUAAAUUGCAACAGGCGGAUGUUAACGUAGCGAGUCAAUCGAAGAAGAAGAAAGAUGUGAUCAAGUCCCUUCUGGAUUCCGAUACAGAUACGACGAUCGAAAAAAAUGUUUCGAACACAGAAAGUGAUUUCGAUUUCAAUUAAGAUAUGCGACUAUCGAAAGGAUGUUGAACUUGUUACGGAUGAAGAAAAAUAGUGACGAUGAGAUCUCGUUAAUAAAAUUAAUGAGAUCUUGCAUCUUUAAAUGCCGACGUGAAUAUCUGCGAUUAAAAGAGAUGGCUAUGAAUAAUUGUAAUUUUUAUUGAAACGUACAAUGAGAGAUGAAGACAUAGAUUUAGGUAGGUGAAGAUAAACUAACGAAUGUCAG